AGCUUCUCUCCCUCUCCCUGCGACCUUCUUUCGUUGCUGUUGUUCCUUGUAUAGCCAAAAUGGGCGGCGAGAACGUGCGCCUCUACGUUAAGGGCCACAUUCUGGGCUACAAGCGGUCCAAGGCCAACCAGCAGAACCACACCGCUCUCCUUAAGGUUGACGGUGUUGCCACGAAGAAGGAGACCGCUUGGUACCUGGGCAAGCGCAUCGCUUACAUUUACAAGGCCAAGACCGAGAAGCAGGGCACCAAGUUCCGCUGCAUUUGGGGCCGUGUCAUGCGCGCGCACGGCAACGUUGGCGUUGUCAAGGCCAAGUUUGCGUCCAACCUGCCCCCAAUCAGCCUGGGUGGAGCUGUCCGCGUUAUGCUGUACCCCAGCCGCGUAUAAUUGGUGCGAUGGUCGACAGAGGCGAGCAGCGGCGGCGCUUUUACGGCGUCAUGUAACGGUCUUCUGAUGGAAUAUAUUGUGUCCCUCCGUAUUCGUUUCUUUUAACGCACGCCAGGCGAAGUUACGGUUAGCAUGAAAUAUCUGCCCCAUGGAAAGCAGCUUAGCGAUAGCAUUGUGUUACAGCGAAAGACAGCUCAGAGGUUACGCAGCAGCUGGAGAACACCUAGUAGGAGGGGCAUCAGCAGGAGCAAGGGACUACAGCAUACCGGUGAGGAGAGAUGGGGCAGGGGGGAGGGCUUGUGGGUGUUUGCCUUGGUUAUAGGAAGUACAUUAUCAGCAAUGUGAUGGUACAUUUUACCAAAGCCUGUGUGUGGGGUGCAUUGGUGCCUUGCUCUAGCGUCAUAGUUGGUGUGUGCGCCUGUCUCCUAACUGUAGCUGGUUAUGCGCGGGUGCGAGUUUGAACCUCCAGGCAGCAUGUGCUUUUGAAGGGGAUGGACAUGGAAUCCAUGGCAUGUGAGGGCUAUGCUAGCGCAUGUUAGCAGUGCCGUCAGCUGAGGAUGGUAGGCGGUCAUCUCGUGCCCACUUGGCAUGGGGUCCAUCCAUGAUCUAAUGCGUUGCGCAUUGAUGUUUUCGCCUUACCCGCGCUGUGCUAUUUUUGGUGUUGUAUGAAGCGUAAACGCCGCGUUGUAUCGAGGCAUUGCGUCACGGUGCUGCGCUGAGGGGUACAUGCAUGCACCAAGGCGGUGUUGCCUCUCCAGGGGAUUUCUGCCGUAUGACCCAAGUCCUAAUGCAGAGGCUUUACGUGAAACAGUCCGUCUGUUGUGCGAUGCGGUAACUUUGGGCAAGCAUGCUUGAGAGAACACUAAUGGGCGUGGGGUAUUAAGUCAUCGUGGUUAACGGCCAGGGAUACUUGAUGAGCAUGCUGAAAGGGUGUGUUAACUGGCCGCGAAAGUGUGUGUGUGUGUGUGUGUGUGCUGAUAAUGCUUUCGACGAAUGUUUUUAGUAUGCACGGUAUUCCUGGGUGUGGGCGCUCGGAC